ACAACUCCCACAAUCCCAAGGGACACUCAACAUCCAGUCACGUGAUGACGUGUCACAUGCUCCUCCGUUUCCUACCAUCGACUAUACACAGUCCGUCAGUCAUUCUCUGCGGCGGAGGCUCCAGAUCGAUCAUCAAAUGGCUCCAGCAUCACGCUGUUGCUGCUGACAACUUUGAGAAACAUCCAGACUGCAGUGAAACUUCAGGACUUUCAGCUGCAGUUAUUUCUUGUCCCUUCACUCAGACGUUCUCAUCUAAUUGAAUUUAUCUUAGAAGCUAAUUUUCUGGGCUGCGUGAGGCUCUGGAGGCCCAGCUCCAGCCUGUCCACUCAUGGCGAUCAACACUGAUGUCGAGGACUGGGGCGGCGUUGGCAGCAACGACUCUGGGGAGAGGGCGUGGCUCCUGCAGAGUCCCAGCGUCGACUCCGUCCGGCAUCCUGAGGCCGACGGCAGCAGGAGAGGAGGAGUGUCAUCUUUGGGAGCUGUGUUCAUUGUAGUGAAUGCGGCGCUGGGAGCAGGUCUGCUCAAUUUCCCUGCAGCCUUCAAUAUGGCGGGAGGAGUGACUGCAGGAGUGAUGCUUCAGAUGUUUAUGCUGAUCUUCAUCAUCAGUGGGCUGGUGAUUUUAGGCUACUGCUCCCAGGUCAGUAAUGAAGGCACCUAUCAGGAGGUUGUUCGAGCCACUUGUGGGAAAGUCACCGGCGUCUUAUGUGAAGUAGCCAUCGCUGUCUACACCUUUGGCACCUGCAUCGCUUUCUUUAUUGUCAUUGGAGACCAGCUGGAUCGCUUGAUCGCUGCGAUGGAUCAUAAUACCGAUGGUACAGCCAGCGGCUACUGGUACACUAACCGCAAGUUUACCAUCGUUGUUACUGGACUCCUGGUUAUUCUCCCUCUGUCCAUCCCCAAAGAAAUUGGCUUCCAGAAAUAUGCCAGUGCCCUGAGUGUGAUGGGAACCUGGUAUGUUACCAUCGUGGUGAUUGUAAAGUACAUUUGGCCAGAUAAGGAGGUGACUCCAGGCUAUGUUCCCACCAGUUCUGCUUCCUGGACUGCAGUUUUCAAUGCAAUGCCCACCAUAUGCUUUGGUUUCCAGUGCCAUGUCAGCUGUGUGCCGGUGUUCAACAGCAUGAGCAGGAAAGAAAUCAAACCUUGGGGACUUGUUGUCACGCUCAGCAUGAUCAUCUGCCUUUUUGUUUACACAGGAACAGGUGUCUGCGGCUUCCUGACGUUCGGCUCCAGCGUCAGUCAGGAUGUGUUGAUGUCGUAUCCUCCCGAUGACGUCGCCGUGGCCCUGGCGAGAGCUUUCAUCGUCGUCUGUGUGGUCACCUCCUAUCCCAUUUUACACUUCUGUGGCAGGGCUGUAAUUGAAGGACUUUGGCUGCGUUUCCAAGGCGAGCAGGUGGAGGUGUGCGUGCGCCGUGAGCAGAGGAGAAGGAUCCUGCAGACGCUGGUGUGGUUCGUCGUCACCCUCGUCCUCGCCCUCUUCAUCCCAGACAUCGGCCGUGUGAUCUCACUGAUCGGAGGAUUGGCAGCCUGCUUCAUCUUUGUCUUCCCUGGUUUGUGUUUGAUGCAAGCCAAGCUAUCAGAGACUGACAACCGAUCUGCAAGCUGGCAUGGAUUGGUCGUCUUCGGUGUUGCCAUGGUUACACUCGGAGCUUUCAUCUUUGGCCUCACAACAACAAACUCCAUCUAUCAAGACGUUGUCAACUAAAAGGAACAUUUUUUUCCCCCUGAGACAGCGCUGUCCUUGUUAACAGAGACGGAGGGAAUCGCUCAGACCUGUGCUGCUGUUCUGGACUGCUGGGUGACGUGCAGCAUCUCAUGACACUCAUUAAAAAAAACCAACAAAAAACAAGACCGCUACAGCUUGUCACAUCAUCUCCUCCAUACCAAGUGAAGACUUGAGUGUUUCACUCAGUCAGGGAGUCACCACACGGCAACCAACUUCAGACACUUUCAUUUUUAUCUCCUGUCCUGUUUAAAUAGCAUGUUUUCGACACUGUCGUCAUUCCACAGGGGCUCAGACUGUCCUCUCCUGUCUCCGGGCGACACAUUCCUGCCCUGUUUACAAGAGCUGAAGGACUAUGUAUAGAAAGGAUUUAGAAUCAAAUUGAUUUUAAAUAAUGAAAUUGUACCAAUUUGUUUAUUUUAACUUGCAUGUCAAAGUAAUUGUUUCUUAUCAGUGAAAAUUAACCUGCUGUGGUUCCCAUCUACAGGUCCAUAAUCUAAUCCAGGUUCAGACUUUAUGUUUGUGCUGCUAACAGUUUAUCUUUUGUCCAAUGAAAGACUGAAUAGAGAUAUGAGUUGACACUCUCAGUCACAGCAUAGUUACUGGAUUUGAGUGACAGAAUUACUAGUCAGUUCAAGCUGAUUUGGUAAUUUACAGAAAUGUCUUCUACAUCAGUCAACUGUGAAGUUUUCAAAUAGAAGGACAAAACAAAGUAAUGUAUUGCAUUUGAAACAGACUUAAGAAUUCAUUAGUUAUUUAUUUUUAAGUUUUGUUAGUUUCUUUUAUAUUUUAUAGGAUUACAGUAAAAGUAGUGUGAAGGCGGUUCCGAUUGGCUUUAAGGUUUGAUCAAACAGAACUACUUAGCUCAUUUAAAGCCAACAUGAACAACAGUAACCACCAGUCAGGCUGAGAAGCACAGCUACGUGUCUGUGUGUGAAUCUGUGGAGCGUCCACACUGAGCAUCACUUCCACAUUCAGGAUUUGAAAACCCAACUUCAUUCAACAGAGCUGGUUCCUCAUAGAAUGAGUUGGAAUCUUUGUGCAGGUGUAUAAAAGUGGAUGUAACCACAGAAUUCAGUUUUGCACAAUAUUAACAGGUGGACUCACUGGCAUGAACAAAUCAAACUCCAGACCUCAAGUUUCAACCUCAAGAAUGAAAAGUUGAUAAUUAUUGUUCUUUUUGUGCCUAAAACCAAAGUGUGAGCGUUUUUUUUUUUUUAUGCAGCAAUGUCCAAAACUGUAUCUACUGAACACUAAAGAGAACAGAUGUUGAGAUCAGUCGGUUUACAAGUUUGUUUAGUUUCAUGACAUGAAAUUACUUUUUGAACCAAGCUGCAAAACAAGGAAAAUGGUCAAAGGAAGACACGGUACUUCAGACUAAACUGAGAUUUUUUUCCCUAUUUCAUGUUUGUUUAAUGAGACUGUGGCAGAGCCAAUAAGUUAACGGAGGAUGUUGUACAUGUUUUGAUCCAUAAUUCAAAUGAGAUUUAAAACUUCACAGUCCUGUGUUCUUCCUGUUUUAGCCCACUGAAAUAAGGUGUUUUUACUUUGUGAAUAUGAAGGACAGAAAAGGUAAAAGGGAGUUUUGUUUGUCAGAAAAACAGUUAUGUUGUAUUAGUCACACGACUAAAUACAGCGACACAUUCAUCAUGACUUAGAGGAAGGGAAAGAAGCUACAGCUAAAUCAGUAAUCAUGGUUUUGAUCAAUACAAUGCGACUAUGUAUUUUUUGCAAUCAGUGUCUUACAAAUUGUUUCUAUGGUUUGGUGCUUAACUGUUUGUGUUGAAAUUUUUAGAAUUCUUUUCUUUUAUGUUGGUGCUGCAGAUCAAACAUUUUCUGGCUCGAAAUAUGGACAUUAACUCUUUCCAAGAAAGCUUUUCAUCAGAAUCACGUUUCCACGUUGUCUUGCAAAGCAGGCGACUUGAAAACAUGAUGUUCAUGGAAGGUUUUAAUGGAAAUAUUUUACAGAUCUACCAAUGAUAUAAUGAACUGUAAUUAAGGCAUGUGAAUAAAUCUGACAAUCCAAGAUUUCAAAGCAUUUAAUAAAAAAGACCAACUCAGGUUGAGUCACAGUUUUGAUCCUGGCA